UGGGCCUCUCCUCUCUUCUAACGCAGAUGGGGGCAACCAUAGCAUCCAUGACUCCCCGCUUCCCAGCCUGGUCUCCGGGGACGGGGCCCAGGCCGACAGUCCCCCCUCCACUCCCACUGGACACAACUGGGAGAUGAAUUAUCAAGAAGCGGCGAUCUACCUCCAGGAAGGCCAGAACAACGACAAGUUCUUCACCCACCCCAAGGAUGCCAGAGCGCUGGCGGCCUACCUCUUCGCACACAACCACCUCUUCUACAUGAUGGAGCUCCUCACAGCCCUGCUGCUGCUGCUGCUGUCACUGUGCGAGUCGCCCGCCGUCCCUGCGCUCCGGCUUGGCAUUUAUGUCCACGCUACCCUGGAGCUGUUCGCCCUCAUGGUGGUGGUGUUUGAACUCUGCAUGAAGUUGCGGUGGCUGGGCUUCCACACAUUCGUCCGGCACAAACGCACCAUGGUCAAGACAUCUGUUCUGGUGGUGCAGUUCAUCGAGGCCAUCGUGGUGCUGGUGCGGCAGACAUCCCACAUGCGGGUGACCCGGGCACUACGCUGCAUUUUCCUGGUGGACUGUCGAUACUGUGGCGGCGUGCGGCGCAACCUGCGGCAGAUAUUCCAGUCGCUGCCACCUUUCAUGGACAUCCUUUUGUUGCUGCUCUUCUUCAUGAUCAUCUUCGCCAUCCUUGGUUUCUACUUGUUCUCCACUAACCCUUCUGACCCUUACUUCAACACCCUGGAGAACAGCAUCGUCAACUUGUUUGUUCUUCUGACCACAGCCAACUUUCCGGACGUGAUGAUGCCCUCCUACUCUCGGAACCCCUGGUCCUGCGUCUUCUUCAUAGUGUACCUCUCCAUUGAGCUGUACUUCAUCAUGAACUUGCUCCUGGCUGUGGUAUUUGACACCUUCAAUGACAUCGAAAAGCACAAGUUCAAGUCUUUGCUGCUGCAUAAGCGAACCGCCAUCCAGCACGCUUACCGCCUGCUCGUCAGCCAGCGGAGGCCCGCUGGCAUCUCCUACAGGCAGUUUGAAGGCUUGAUGCGCUUCUACAAGCCCCGGAUGAGUGCGAGGGAACGCUUCCUGACUUUCAAGGCUCUGAAUCAGAGCAACACACCUGUGCUCAGCCUGAAGGACUUCUAUGAUAUUUAUGAAGUUGCUGCCCUACAGUGGAAGGCAAAGAAGAACAGACAACACUGGUUUGACGAGCUCCCCCGGACGGCUUUCCUCAUCUUCAAAGGAAUUAACAUCCUUGUAAAGUCCAAGGCCUUCCAGUAUUUCAUGUACUUGGUGGUAGCUGUCAAUGGGGUGUGGAUCCUGGUGGAGACAUUCAUGUUGAAAGGUGGGAAUUUCAUCUCAAAGCACGUGCCUUGGAGUUACCUCGUGUUUCUUACCAUCUAUGGAGUUGAGCUGUUCAUGAAGGUGGCUGGCCUGGGCCCUGUGGAGUACCUGUCUUCCGGAUGGAACCUGUUCGAUUUCUCCGUCACAGCCUUUGCCUUCCUGGGAUUGCUCGCGCUGACACUCAACAUGGAGCCCUUCUAUUUCAUUGUCGUCCUGCGUCCCCUUCAGCUGCUGAGGUUGUUUAAACUGAAGAAACGCUACCGCAAUGUAUUGGACACCAUGUUUGAGCUGCUGCCACGAAUGGCCAGCCUCGGCCUUACACUGCUAACCUUCUACUAUUCCUUCGCCAUCGUGGGCAUGGAGUUCUUCAAUGGGCGACUGUACCACAACUGCUGCAACACCAGCACUGUGGCUGACGCCUACCGAUUUAUCAACCACACAGUGGGCAAUAAGACCAAGGUGGAGGAAGGCUACUACUAUCUCAACAACUUUGACAACAUCCUCAACAGCUUUGUGACCUUGUUUGAGCUCACAGUUGUCAACAAUUGGUACAUCAUCAUGGAAGGUGUCACCUCGCAGACCUCCCACUGGAGCCGCCUGUACUUCAUGACUUUCUACAUUGUGACCAUGGUGGUGAUGACCAUUAUCGUGGCCUUCAUCUUGGAGGCCUUCGUCUUCCGCAUGAACUACAGCCGCAAGAGCCAGGAUUCGGAAGUGGACAGUGGCAUCAUCAUUGAGAAAGAACUGUCUAAAGAAGAGCUUCUGGCCAUCCUGGAGCUCUACCGCGAGGUGCGGGGUACUUCCUCCGACGUCACCCGGCUGCUCGACACCCUCUCUCAGAUGGAGAAAUACCAGCAAAAUUCUUUGGUCUUUCUGGGACGGAGAUCAAGAACCAAAAGUGACCUGAGUUUGAAGAUGUACCAGGAGGAGAUCCAGGAGUGGUAUGGGGAACACGCCAGGGAACAGGAGCAGCAGCAGCAGCAGCAGCUCGGGGGCAGCGUGCCCGGAGUGGCCACCCAGCAGCCCCCUGGCAGUCGCCAGCGCUCCCAGACUGUCACCUAGCCGGGUCUCAUCAAGCCAGUUCUUCUAUGCAAUAACACCAUAGUAUUAUGUACUACGAUGUAUGGACACCAUGUGUGUGUGCAGACACACUCAUAUAUAUGCACAUACUUACACAGAGACAGAAGGACUAGCCAGGGCCUGUUUGAACCACCUCAUUCUGCCUUCCUGAGCUCCUUAAGUAGGCUUGGACUAGCUAGAGACCCAGGCCUGGCUGAGCCCUUCCUACCAUGGAAAACUCUGGAAGCCCUCUGCUCAAGAAGCCCCUGAAAUAGGCUGUGCUGUCUUAGCGAUGCCAGCUUUCCCAGUGGCUACACAGGUGGGACGUGACUGCCUCCCUGCUGCCACCUCAGGCUUUAUCCCUGCCUUGUCCCCACUAGUCCUGCAGUCACCACAGGUGUGUGUCCAGUAUUAGGGACAAAACCACUAGGAAGAAACCCCACAUCCUGCAGGAUGGUGUCUGUAGAUGACAAAGUACCAGAAGGUUCCCUUGAGAGAUCAGCGCCUGGUACCGAGUGGGACAUCUAGUCCAGCCUCUGCUGGACAGAGAUGGCACCAGAUAGCAGCGC